AUGGAGUGCGUGGCGGUUGUAAGGGUGUGCGGUGGUCGCGUGUGGCAGGACCUGUUCCCCUCCGGCUUCAUGUUCAUCAACAACGUGUUCUACGUGGACGAGAGCCCGCGCUGCAAGGACAUCAGCGCGCCCAUCCGCGAGUGGGCGCGCCGCCGCGGCCUCGGCGACUUCCCCAAGCGCAGGAUGAACGGCGUGCGGCUCGACGAGCUGCUCGUCAAGCUGGGCCACCCCGAGGUGUACGUGCACCAGGGCAACUGCGAGCACCUGUUCACGUUCUCCGAGGUGCGGCUGCUGGGCCCGGGCGAGCCCAUGAACCUGGCCCUCUACCCGCGGCACACGUGCGUGCUGCAGAACCAGACCGUGUACUGCACCACGUGCGCAGAGUUCGGCGCCAAGUGGCUGGCCACGGGCUGCGCGCGGGUGCCCUUCGACCCCGCCUUCUUCUGCGACACCUGCCUCAAGCUCUACCUGUACACCGACGGCCGCAAGAUCGGCGACUUCAACGUGUACUCGUUCCGCGGCAACGAGAUCAACGUGCUCAAGCCGCUCGGC